AUGCAGGCGCUCCAAGGCGCGGUCCUUGCAGCUGUGCUGACAGCUGGCCUGGGCCUCGCCCUGCCACAGGACUACAUGCCGGCAGCGCACGCAGACAACAGCUUUGUCUCGGCAGCAGAGCGCAGGAGGCAAGAGGCGCUGCAGAGGAAAGAGCUCCUGACAAAAGCGCGUGAGGAGGCGCUGAGGAAGGGCGGCGUUGACCCAUCGAGCACUGAGUCCGCUCCAGAGCUUGCCACACCAGCGGCUGAUGCCAAGGUGGAGGCAGCCAAUGCAGAGGUGGAGGCCAGCAACAAGGAGCGGGAAGGCCUGUCCAGCUCAAUGCUUGCACGCCUCAAGAAGGCUGCCGGCGACUACGAGAAGACAGCGGGCAGCGGGCCAAAGCUGCCAAAGGAGGAGCCUUCUGGAGGACCCAGCUGGUCCUCCCUCUUCCAGUCUCAGGAGCCUGAAAAGGCGGACAGCCCGGCUGCACCGAGCGCCGCUCCCACCCCAGCCCCUGCAGCAGCCCCACAGAAGCCCUCGCUGCCCUUCCAGAUGCCCAAGCUGGAGAAGCCAUCCUUCAAUAUGCCCAAGUUUGAGGCGCCCAAGUUUGAGAAGGUACAGGUUCCCAGCUUUGGCACCAAGCAGGAACCGGCCUCGGCCCCUGUUGCACCCCCCAGUCCUCCCCCGGCCCCUGCUGCAAAGGUUGUCCCACCGCCGCCACCGCCGCCGGCGCAGGUGCCGGCUCCUGCUCGGAAGGUGGAGCUGCCAGCCCCUUCACCAGCUGCCAGCACAGAUGAAGACUCCUCCGGGACCGGCGCUUGGUUCAAAUCCCUGACUGAGGGGCCCACUAAAACGUCGGUGCCUGAAUUAGCGGCUCCCAAGGCAGAGGCCAAGAAGACACCCGCACCUCAGACUGUCAUCAAGCCCCUACCAAGCAGAUCAGAACCAGCUGAGAAGGAGGCUCCUGCAAAGAAGCCGGUGAAGGCUGCUGCCGUGGUCAGCAAGCCCGGCAAGAGGCAAGGGCCGCUGCCACUGUGGCUGGCCGAGCUGCUGGUCAUCUUUGGACUUGCUGGAAUCCUAUAUUCUGUUGUCAGAUGGAGUGAGCAAAUUGCGGUGUACUGGGGAAAGCUUGGAGCGCAGCUUGAGACCGUGUAUGAGAAGAUUGACAAGAGGGCAGCAUCCCCUCCCAAGGCAUGA